AGCCCAGCUCUGGCCGCUGCACUUAAGCAGCCCGGCGGCGGAGCGAGCGCGGGCCGGGGCCGGGGCCGCGGCGGGGGGCGCCGCACCCAGGGUCCUUCUGCAGCCCCCGUAGCGAGAAGCGAGGGCGAAGACGAGGCUGAGCGGGUCCGGAACCAUGAACCGGAGUUUCCACAAGUCUCAGACCCUGCGCUUCUACGACUGCAGCGCGGUGGAAGUCAAGAGCAAGUUUGGAGCUGAGUUCCGAAGGUUCUCCUUGGACCGUCAAAAGCCCGGGAAGUUUGAAGACUUCUACAAGCUGGUUGUGCACACGCACCACAUCUCCAACACCGAGGUGGCCAUCGGCUACGCAGACGUGCACGGUGACCUGCUGCCCAUCAACAAUGAUGACAACUUCUGCAAGGCCGUGUCCAGCGCCAGCCCCCUGCUCAGGGUCUUCAUCCAGAGACGAGAAGAGGCCGAGCACUGCAGCUUCGGGGCAGGAUCUCUGUCCAGGCGGCGGCGCCCACUGGCCCUGCGGGAGGACGGCCCUCGCCGGCGCACGCACCUGCACAUCGGCCUGCCGCACGACUUCCGCCCCGUGUCCUCCAUCAUCGACGUGGACAUCCUCCCCGAGACGCACCGCCGCGUGAGGCUGUACCGGCACGGCUGCCAGAAGCCACUGGGCUUCUACAUCCGCGACGGCACGAGCAUGCGCGUGGCCCCGCAGGGGCUGGAGAAGGUGCCAGGCAUCUUCAUCUCCCGCAUGGUGCCUGGCGGCCUGGCUGAGAGCACCGGGCUGCUGGCCGUGGACGAUGAGGUCCUGGAGGUGAACGGGAUCGAGGUGGCUGGGAAGACGCUGGACCAGGUCACGGACAUGAUGAUCGCCAACAGUCACAACCUCAUCGUCACGGUCAAGCCAGCCAACCAGCGGAACAACGUGGUGCGCUGCGGCCGUGUGUCCGGCAGUUCCGGCCGCUCCUCGGACAGCACAGCCAGCCGCCACAGCCUGCCAGCGGCCCAUGUCCUGCAGAACUUGCCCACCGAUGAGAUGGAGAGCGACGAGGAGCCCGACGUGGUCCUCGAGGGCGUCCUGGAGCCCCGGCUGGUCCCCAGGCCAACGCUGGGCAGCCUCGCUCGGGUCAACGGCGCUGGCCUGACGCCCGGGCUGCACAGCCCUGGGCGGGAGGGCAGCGUCCACCGGCUGCUCAGCUCCCUCCGGUCCGACCCCCGCCACAGCCUGGCCCUGCCCCCGGGAGGGGUGGAGGAGCAUGGGCCGGCGGUCACCCUGUAGGGGCAGGCAUCAGACAGGUCAGUUUCCCAAGGGGAAAUGCUUUUAAAUUUUUAUUCCAAUUUUAAAAUUAGAAUUGUACACUUCACUUCUCCUUUUUGUUUGUAUUUAUCCCUCCCUUUUCUCCCACAACCCUACUCUUUAUUUCAACUUACAGAUAG